GGUGUCAGUGUCAGACACCCCUCCUUGGGUCAGGGAGGGAGCCCAAUGGAUUUCCAGGUCAGGUACCAGAGGGACCCCCCUCUCAGGGACAGUUAGGGGUGCAGGCUCUCCUGGGGUGCAGGGAGACCCCCUGAAAUAGCCCAUCAGCGGUACCCAUGGGCCCUGCAGGGGCUCUGGGACCCACGGGGACCUUCUCUCUCAGGCCUUGUGCACUGCCCACACCCACUGUGUCUGAGGCCUGACCCCAGCUUUUCUGAGUCACGUGGCCUCCACUCAGGUCGGGACCACAAAUCCCUAUUCUCCCCUCAGAGACCUGCCUCCUGCCCUGGGCUGCAUCACUUUGAUUCUAGAACUUUCUAAAGACUAGGAGGUCCUUCCAGGAGCCUCUGUGCAGGCUGGUGUGUGGGCUGUGUGCUCCCUCCCCCACCCAGGUGUGCUGUCCAUGCUCAAGAUGGUCACAUGAGUGCUGCUGGAGUGUCCCAUGGCAGAUGCAAAGUUCCUGCAAUUUCUCCCCUCCCCUCAGACCCUCCAAAGGCACACGUGACCCACCACCGCGUCUCUCAGCGUGAGGUCACGCUAAGGUGCUGGGCGCUGGGCUUCUACCCUGCGGACAUCAGCCUUACCUGGCAGCGUGACGGGGAGGACCAGACCCAGGACAUGGAGCUGGUGGAGACCAGGCCUGCGGGGGACGGGACCUUCCAGAAGUGGGCGGCCGUGGGGGUGCCCCCUGGAGAGGAGCUGAGAUACACGUGCCGUGUGCAGCAUGAGGGGCUGCCCGAGCCCCUGACCCUGAAAUGGGGUGAGGAGGGGCCGUGGGCACAGAGCCUCUUCUCAGGGCAGCAGGGACCCUGGGGAACCUCAGUGGGGUCGGGGCUGAGGCCUGGGGUCAGGGCCCUCACCCUCCCUUCCCUUCUCCCCCCAGAGCCGCCUUCUCACACCUUCAUCAUCAUCAUCAUGGGCAUCGCUGGGGGCCUGGUUCUGCUGGGAGCUGUGGCUGCAGCUGUGAUGUGGGGGAGGAGGCGCUCAGGUGGGAAAGGAGGGAGCUACUCUCAGGCUGCCAGCAGUGACAGCGGUCAGGGCUCUGAUGUGUCUCUCUCGGCUUCUAAAGCGUGAGGCAGCUGCCUUGUGGGGACUGAGUGUUGGAAGAUGUUCACGAUCCCACUUCCUGACUCAAGAACCUCUGAUUUGGGGGGCUGGCCUGCUCUGCUCCCCACACUUUCCUGUCAGCAGAGGCGAGCUGGGCCCUCCCCAUCCCCGCCUUUACUCCCUGGUGCUCUGAGCUGCAACUUCCAGCUCUGUAUUGAAAUGAGACUGUGCAUUGACCUCGUGUUUUAAUUCUUGCCGUGACUGGUGACGGGUAAUUAAAGGAGACCCUUUUUAAAUUAUUUUCUCAGAGGAAAUAAAUGGAAGCACCAAGGAUUCUGC